CCGCGCCCAGGAGGAAAAAUGUUUGUCAUUCCAGAUAAAUCAAUUUUUAGGGACAGUUUAUAAUCGGUGACUAAUUAUGUGUAAAGAACCUUUUACUUCUUAAGGUUCUUAAGGUAUACCCUCACUGCAAGAAAUGUUUAAAGUAGUGGGCAAGUGUGAUUGCCUUUAGUAUACUAAGACAAGACAGUACGAAUUGUACACGCGUUGUUGAUGAUCGUCCGUUACUUUUACUUUCUUCCGUUCAAUUUCGUUGUUCCACUUUUAGAGUGAAUUUCCUAAAUCGUUCCAGUUACCUUACGUAACUUUUAAUUAUUUAAGUGUGGCAGGUGAGAAGAUUUUUUCCAUUAAUUCUAAUGAUUUGCACAAAUUUGGAUUAAUUAAAACGUUGUUACGUAAUGGCCAAUCGGAUUUUUGAUAAACUUACGACAAGUGACUGGGAGGAACCGCAAUAGUGCCGUUAUUCGCGACAAAGGAUGCGUAGUGAGACGGAAACAUGUCUCUAGGAAACUACACCGCUCCGUAUUUUGCUACCCCAUCACCUCUAACGACGAACUUGUACCAACCGCAACCGUACCUGUAUCCGACACCACAGCACCCUUUUCGCGGUGAAGAAGUUCCUCAGCACCAAGAACCCCUCAGACCGCCCACGUUUACAAAGGUUCAGAACGGUGGCGGCGGUGGAGGAACCACGAGGGUGCACGCCGUUGUGGAUUACGACGCUGGCACAGAUUACUACGAUGAGCCGGUCGAUGGGCAACAACCGCACAUGCCUGUUACGCCAAUACAGGGACCGAUUUUUUUGAAAAAUGGUACCGUCCCUGUCGUACCCCUGUACUCGUAUCCUGUACUUAAUAACGGAACAUUUGUUCAGAUACCGAUUCUCUGGACGGCAUUAUCGGUGGCCUUAGGUUUAGAACUACGUGGAGAAUACAUCCGAGGAGUGCCAUGCAUAAAGAAACACGAGCAGUUGUUCUGUCCGACGGCCGGAAGUUCCUAUCCAUUGGGACGAAUCGAGCUAUUUAUAGACGAAAAUAAAGCGCUAAUGCGACGCAUGUACGGCGAUUUCACGCUAAGUCCAGAAUUCGAAGGUCCCGGCCCCGGUGGAGGUAGAAAGGCGAAAAGGUCUGCUAAACCCGGCGUGCCCGAUUUGCAUUCGACCCCCGGAGUCGAUCCCGCUAAGGACGGGGACAGUGUCCACUUCCAAAAUCUAGCGCGAGCUACUAGGCAAAAUUUUAGAAAUAACCAAAGUUCAGAGAAUGGAAGAAUGGAUGCCUGUGAGAGCAAGGUCGAGAUCGUGACCCCGUACUGGGCAUCGAAUUCUGCCGGAAAAAUUCGUGCAAUCGUCAACACCCAGCACUUUGAACAGGCCAUCCAUCAAGAGGUUUGUUCAAAAGUGAGAACGAAGAGGUGCACGAACGACUGUGGAUGCGAGCAAAAGUAUAAAUGGCACCGACUAUUAGCGUACGAUCCAGAUAACGACUGCAAGGGCAUCUUUAUGGAUUGGUUCCUAUUUCCAUCGUGUUGCGUUUGCCGAUGUAGUCCACUGUAACAGAAAUGUGGUGCUGUAUGUGAUCUUAUCAUCAAUAAGUUACCAAAACUGGAACUGUGCCAAAACUUAUUCUCAUUUCCAUAUACCUACUCAUUGUUAAUCAUUAAGUUUUCUUUCGUAUCUUCUAGAGCUGACGCCGCCCUUUAAUUGUGCUAUGUUACCCUCAGAUUAGAGUUGAUUAUGACUGACGAGGAAAAUUAUGUAAAGUAUUCUUAUUAAAAUAUGUUUUUUUUUUUUAUUUAGGAAUGUGUGUAUAUUAUAGGUUCAUGUAAUUUAUCUGCCAUUACUUGUACGUAAUUUGGUAGUUUUGCAAUAAAAUCAAUUUAAUAUA